AUGACCGUCUACAACCUCCCCUUCCCCCUCAACGCCGACAUGACGCUCGGAGCUUCCACAACGGAGCAUGUUGAGAGCUGCAAGAGCACCACAGUUGGCCCGAUGCCACCCUUGGAUUUUCUCGACCGGUUCCUCCCUGUCAGAGGCACCCCGAAGGACCACUCUAUGCAUCGUCUGCCCAGCACGGACGCGUUCAAGAGUGUGCCUCGGGUUGCCGCCACUGCCGAAGGCAUCUCUUCACCACUUAUCGCCGCUCUGAAUGAGUGCACGCCCGACAAGUUUCGAUGCCCUGGCUUUGUGUUCGACUCUACGGCCACUCGCUCCCCUCCCGACCACCCGAACCCGCAUAUAUGCUGCUAUAAGCCCCACAAUCUGGAUGCUGCGAAGAGGUCCCAGUACUACGAUCUCGCAUACGCCGAGUUCUUCAUCAACGUAUCCCCCGAUCCCUUAUUGGACUUCUUUGACGAUCCUCUGGACACGGCAGACCGUGCCACCCACGAACUGCUCUCUCGGUUUUCGAAGAAAAGUUCGCAAGCACUCGUGGAGGAACACUUCGGUCAGCACCUCGUGUACGUCGUCGAGGUCCUCUCCCGCCAGUCCCGCAACUUUCUCUUCACUGUCGACAUGCACGGCUCCAUGGCUCGCUUCCUCCGCUGGGACCGCUCGGGGUGUGUGGUCUCCGAGUCGUUCGACGUAUGUGCCGAUCCCGAAUAUCUCUGCGAUUUCCUGUGGCGUUUCUCGAAAACCAACGACGCCGGUCGCGGGCACGACCCGUCGGUGGAGCAUGCAACGCCAGUGGAGGAAAGAGCCUUCCGCAACGCCGUUCGCGCAUACGCGAGGACCCAACUUAGCCCCGACGAAGACCUGGAACAGGAAGUGCGUCUGCACUAUGCUCCAGGGCGGGUGUUCGCAGUUCAGAUCCUGUCCCAGGGCAAGACCGCACGCGAGGAGAACUGGCGAAGGUUCUUGUUCUCCCGCCCGGUCGCGUCGCCGGGUGCGCUGCUUCGGAACGCCACGCGUGGCUAUUGGGCCGUCGAUGCGUCAACGGGCAGGUGUUCUUCCUCAAAGACGGCUGGCGCUACAGCGGAGGCGAGUUCGAGCUGGAGGGAGAGGUCCUGCUGGGUUGCACCAGGCUGGCGUGCGGAAUGUACCGACCUUGGAAUGGCACGGAGACGUGUCGUGCUUGGAACACCCGUCGAGCUCGCGUCGGCCGCUGCACUUGUUGAUGCAAGCAAUCGCCCAGAUUGGGCUUGUCUCGUCAAUGGUCAGAUCGCCAAGCUGUGGUGUAGAAAACAUUAUCGGUUGGUACUAAGCACGGUCGGACGGUCGUUCACGACUCUGCGGGAUACAAAGGAGUUACUGCACUCGUGUUAUGACGCAUUUAUCGCUAUGCGAGACGCAUUCAAGAAGAACAGACGCCUGCACCGGGAUAUCAGCAUUGGAAAUAUAGUUCUCGUGCAGGAGCCUGACAGUGAGGUCCGGAAAGGAUACCUCAUCGACUGGGAAACGUCAUCCAAGGUUGACUCAAAGGGCAACGCGACGCAACGCGGCCGAGCACCGCACAACCUCACCGUGGCCGAGCUUACAAAGCGUUGGAAGAUAUUCUCCCACAAAGAUUACGCACCUAACGGCAAGGCCUACGGCGGUGUAUACAAGCUCGAGAACGCCAAGAGCCGCAAGCACACUCGCGACAUUGUGUUCGGCAGCCCUGCUCUCAGCGAAUGGCUGGACACCAUGAUGGCGUUCCAUUCCCCUCUGAAGACGCACGGCGACGAGUUCAGGGGGAAGUGGACGGGCUGGGAGGUCGAGAAGUUCUGGAAGCGGUUCCUGCGCACCCACACGCUCGAGACGUCGAACCGCCCACGCCACUCCUCCAAAAGACUAGAGAGCGCGUCGAAGAGCUCGAAGAUCCCGUCUGCGCACGCCUCGCAGGCGCAGACGGGACGCGAGGCCACGGUGCAACGCGGCCCGCGGGACGAAUUACCGUCGUCAGCGACGCCGAAGCGUGGACGCCUUCCUUCUCCUGACCCGCGGCCCGCUCAGAAGAAGCGACGGGUGGGGGCGACCGAGCCGGCUGCCCCGGUGCCGCGUCGCAGCGCCCGGAUCCUGGGAUCUCAGGAGCAGGCAAACCCGCGUCUUCCGCCCAUCGUCAUCCCGUCGCCGACGGACAUCAGGAGAAGCAAAGCCGCGCCUGUGCUCGAUGGCUCACGGCCGCGGGGGCGACGUCGAAGUCCGUGA